CUUCAAUUUCGGCGGCGGCGGCGGCGGGGAGCCGUUUGGGGUUGCGCGCAGGACGUGUAUGAUACAGAAAGUGUUGGAAGGACCUUUAUAUGAGAAACCAAACUAAGCUGGACAAGACGCAAUAAGCAGUAGAAAAGCAUAGCCUGUGAUCAUGACGACCGAAGUUGGCUCAGAAGCUGAAGUAAAGAAAGAGGCUGAGAAGCUGGAGCCAGACACUGCCAAGGAAAAGCCUGAGGAGGCCUCGGAGAGUCUAGAAAAUCAAAAAACUGAAGAAACAGAAGAGACACAAGAUUCUUCCUCUUCCCCAGUACCAACUAGCCAAAGCAGCCCAACUAGCCGGAAGGAGAGAGAUCCGUCUGAAGGCAAGGGUAUUUCUCGCUUCCUCCCCCCAUGGCUUAAGAAACAGAAAUCCUAUAGCUUAGCAGAGCCCAAAGAUGAAGCUAAGAAAAAGGCUGAGGGUGAUGAACAUGCUGAAGAAUGUGAACGUCAGUUUCCAGAGGAGGUGGCUGAGCUGAAGGGAGAAGAAGCAGCUGAGAACCAUCAGACUAAGACAGACGACAAGGAGGAAGAAAAGCACUCUGUUAGUAGUGCUGAGACCCAGCCAGCUAAGGAAGACAGUAAAGAGAUUGAAGUAGAAAAGGUUACAGAAGAACCAGAUGAAAAACUAGAAGAAGAAACAGGAAAAAGGGAGACCAAAGAGGUGCAGACAGCUGAAAUCAAAAUGGAGAAAGCUCCUCAAAAAGCUCCUAAGAAGAUUAAAACCGUACAGUGUAAAGUGAUGCUCCUGGAUGGCACAGAAUACAGCUGUGACCUAGAGAAACGAGCUAAGGGUCAGGUGCUAUUUGACAGGGUGUGUGAACAUCUCAAUUUAUUGGAAAAGGACUAUUUUGGCCUGCUGUUUUAUGAAAACUCAGAUCAGAAGAACUGGUUAGACUCAUCAAAGGAAAUUAAGAGGCAAAUUCGCAAUUUGCCUUGGCUCUUCACAUUUCAUGUAAAGUUUUAUCCUCCUGACCCUUCUCAGUUGACAGAAGACAUUACCAGAUAUUUCUUGUGCUUACAGCUUCGUCAGGAUAUUGUUUCUGGUCGACUGCCAUGUUCGUUUGUGACUCAUGCCCUCCUUGGUUCAUAUACCCUGCAGGCCGAGCUAGGUGAUUAUGAUCCAGAAGAGCAUAACAGUGAUUACAUCAGCGAAUUUCAGUUUGCCCCCAAUCAAACGAAAGAGAUGGAGGACAAAGUAGUUGAACUGCACAAGACACAUAGGGGCUUGACUCCAGCACAAGCAGAUUCUCAGUUCCUAGAAAAUGCCAAGAGACUUUCCAUGUAUGGAGUGGAUUUACAUCAUGCCAAGGAUUCUGAAGGUGUGGAUAUCAUGCUGGGGGUAUGUGCUAAUGGUCUACUUAUUUACAAGGACAGACUUAGAAUCAAUCGCUUUGCUUGGCCCAAAAUUUUGAAAAUCUCCUAUAAACGCAGCAACUUCUAUAUCAAAGUCAGGCCAGCUGAGUUGGAACAAUUUGAGAGCACUAUUGGGUUCAAACUGCCAAACCAUCGGGCUGCUAAAAGGUUAUGGAAGGUUUGUGUGGAGCACCAUACUUUCUUCAGACUGAUAUCACCAGAACAGCCUGCGAAGGCAAAAUUCCUGACCUUGGGUUCCAAGUUCCGUUACAGCGGUCGCACGCAAGCACAGACACGGCAAGCUAGCAACCUUAUAGAUAGACCAGCCCCAUAUUUUGAGCGUACCUCAAGCAAGCGUAUCUCCAGGAGUCUUGAUGGGGCUCCCGUAGGUAUUACAGACCAAAGUCUGCUAAGGGACUUCUCUGCUACCACAGCAGGACCCACUGGUGAUGAAGCUGCUGUCCUAGCCAAAUUAAAAAAUGGGGAAGGUAGAGAGGAAGAUGGAAGCCCAAUUAAAUCCCCACCGUUGGAACUGACCCAGGAUGGAAAGAACAAUUCCUUGAAAGUAGACGGGGAAAAUAUUUAUGUCAGACAUAGCAAUUUAAUGUUGGAGGACCUGGAUAAGACCCAGGACGACUUACUGAAACAUCAGGCUAGCAUUAGUGAACUCAAGCGCAAUUUCAUGGAAUCCACACCUGAGCCACGCCCCAAUGAAUGGGAAAAGCGGCGUAUCACACCUCUGUCUCUACAGACACAAGGGCAAAAAGGAGACCACAUUUUCCAAGGGGAAAUACUGCCUAUAAAACAGAUGCAAUGGGCUGCAGCAACAGGGAUUACUGAAGCAAAACCAGAAGAAACGGGCAAGAGCCUAGAAGAAGAAAUAACAUCAAUUUUAUUUAGUAAAGAGGGCUUUUCCACUAGCGUGAAAUCUACCUUCUCUUCAGCCACGAUAUGGACACCAGAGGGCACUGUUGGGAAAGAUAAUGUACCUUCUGAAAUGCUUUCUGCCUCACCCUUCUCACAGCUGCCUGAGAAAGUUGGUCCCAGAGCAGAAGGGCCUUGCAGUGGAGCCAGAGAUGCUGAUAAGAGUUCACAUGAGUUUCUGAGCGUAGUGGAGGAGAAGAAACGGGCAGAGGUUGGGAUAGAAGAGACAGUAGUCAUAAAUGAAAUCAACGAAGGGAAAAUACAAGUUGCCAUUGAUGGUGGGGAGCCCUGUAAGGUGGAACAGCUAUCAAAAAAGGACUCCUCAUCAGCAUCAUCAGAGAGCAGCAGCAGUAGUGAGAGUGAAGAUGAAGAGGUUGGAGAAUACCAGCCAAACCAUCGAGUCACAGAAGAUGUCAUUAGGGAAGAAAAAGAAGAAAAUGAAGAUGCUAAAGAAGUGGAAGGGUGUACGGCAAAGGUGGUACAAUGUGUGGAACCUGUAAUAGAGGGCAGUAAAGAAAAAGUAUCAAUUGAGCAUGCACAAGUUGCAGAAGAGAGUUUGGUUGAGGGAAAUGCAGUUUCUGGAACUCCAGAAGAGAAGAGUUUUAUAGAAGAGGCAAAACAAGACCUGCGAGAAGAGAGGGAGGAAGAACAGCUCAAAAUAAAUGGAGAUCUAUCUCACAUUGGCAUUGAUGUCAAGCCACAAAUAAUUUGUUGUUCUGAGCCUCCAGUAGUAAAAACAGAGAUGGUGACCAUUUCAGAUGCUACACAAAGAACUGAAAUCUCCACCAAGGAAGUUCCAAUUGUCCAAACAGAGACUAAAACCAUCACAUAUGAGUCUCCACAGCUUGAUGGCAGUGCAGGUGGGGAUGCUGGUGUACUGUUGAGUGCACAGACUAUUACAUCAGAAUCUGUUUCUACAACUACAACUACACACAUCACUAAGACGGUGAAAGGUGGUGUAUCAGAAACAAGGAUUGAGAAGCGCAUUGUCAUUACUGGCGAUGCAGAUAUUGACCAUGACCAGGCAUUGGCACAGGCAAUCAAAGAAGCCAAAGAGCAGCACCCUGAUAUGUCUGUCACAAGGGUAGUGGUACAUAAAGAAACUGAACUUGCUGAGGAAGAUGAAGGAUAAGUUCAAGAAAUUAAAAAGAGAAGCCACUCACAUUGUGACUAUGAAGAACCUUGUGACCAUUCCGAGUUGGUAACACUACCACUACACCACUGAAAUUUUCAGGUCAAGCAACAACGACCAGACACUCAAGGUUGAAAUGCCAACACCAAACUCUUUCUUAACACCCCAGGUCUAAAAUUGUUUCUCUACAGUCUUACUUGUAUCUUUCUAUAACCACUUCUUAACAUUCUUAGCUUUUUUAUGAGGUUUUAGAGGGGCUGUUUUUUUGGUUUUUUGCACAGCUAUUUGCCAUUUUUAUAGCUGUUUCUUGAUCAUAUGAAAGUGAACAAAAUGUAUUCUGGUAAACACUGUUCACUGGAACAGAUAUGCUUGUGCAGAAUGGAGAAUUUUUGACUAAUUUAGAUAUAGUUUUUUUCCAAAUAUUUCAACUGAAGUCUUACUGAAGAAACUUACAGAUUUUUUUUCAGGUAAAUAUACUUUAUCAAAUAACAAAAAAAGGACUUUUAUAAAAACAAAGCAUUUCUUAUGAUUUGAAAAAAA